GGUUUUUCAUGAUGUCAUCCAUUCAUCAUUGUGAGCUGAUUGGCUGUCCCAGGACUUGGCCAGCUGCCCAAGGCCAGGAGGGAAGAGAGAGAUCUCCGGACAAACGUGCUGUGGGCCCCUGAGCAUGUGCCGAAAUGUCAUCAGUUCCACAAAGACAGACUUGGAACAAAUCAAAGAAGACGGUCAAAGUCACAAGAUCCUAUCCAACCUUCCCUUCCCUGAAUGCCUGGGAAGAAUUCAGGGGCCUCUUUCCUGUGGAUGGGGAACCAAAUCCUGGAGUGGGCCUGGGUGUGGAGGAGGGACUGCUCUGCCAGAUGGUUCAUUCUCCAGAAUUCAGCCUGUUUCCUGAAUCAGUGAUGUUUGAAAGCAACUUUGUCCAGGUCAAAAAGGGCAGGAGCUGGAUAGACAUCUACAAAGCUUCCAAUACCAUGGCCCUUGGGGUGACCUCCUCCGUGCCCUGCCUGCCUCUUCCCAACAUCCUCCUCAUGGCCAGCGUCAAAUGGCACCAAGGGCAGAGCCAGACAUGGAACAGACCAUCUGCAGCCCCCAAGAUCGUCCUGAAGAGGAUUCUCCCACUGAAGUUUGUGGAGCUCCAGGUCUGCGACCGUCUUCAGCGCGUCCUGCGCUUGAGAACCGUCAUGGAGAAGAUCUACUACCUCAGGCUCCACCCCGACCAUCCUGAGGCGGUCUUCCACUUCUGGAUCCGACUGGUUCAAAUUCUGCAGAAUGGCCUGUCCAUCACCACCAAAGACCCUAGAAUUCGUGUCACUCACUGCCUGGUGCCCAAGAACAGCUGCAGUCCCUCAGGAGACGCUAAGUUAGUACAGAAGAAACCCCAAGCCUCCCAGCCCAGCGAGAGCCUCAUGCAGCUGAUGGCCAAGGGCGAGAGUGAGGCCCUCUCUCAGAUUUUUGCCGACUUGCACCAGCACAACCAGUUCAGUUCCAGGAGCAGCAAAAAGACCGAGAACAAAAAGCACAGCUCAGAAAAAAACAGUCCCAGCGAAGAUUCCAUCCCUUGCACCCGCGACCUCAGUUGGAGGGAUUCGUUCACCUAUGGAGAGUGGGAAAGAGAGAAUCCCUCUGGGCCGCAGCCCCUCUCUCUCCUCAGCACUCUGGCAGCCUCCACGGGGCCACAGCUGUCCCCACUCAUAGGAAGUUCUAUCUGAGCCUUGCACACUGGGGAGAAUCUACGCAGCCCUCGCCAACGCCACUCUGCAGCAUUCAGCUUUCUGAGGGACUCUAUCUGGUGGAGAGGAGAAAGCCACAACUAAGGAAGAACUACAAUGAUCUCCUGAUGACAGCACAGCCUCUCCUGUGAGAACCACUUGAGAGUGUGGCUCCUGGAUGAGAAGCAUUGUUCCAGCACGUGACUUGGCGUCCUGCCUACCACACCUCGCCUCCAUUCCACCCCCAGAGUGGGCACGAGAAGACGUGCUUGCAGAAGGGCCAGGACCGAGAGAUGGAGAGAAGGAGGAGAGAGAAACAGGACCGGAGGAGAGGUGGAAGAGACCCAGAUGGCGGCCCCAAAGUGGAAGGUGGAGGGAGGAAAUCAGAGAAGAGGGGAGAGGCAGGAAAGUG